AUGGCCAACCGCCGCCACCACUCGGGAUACUUGGCCGACGACGAGGCCCGCCACUUCACGUAUGUGGCACGGGUGCAGUCACCCAAGAAGCCACUGUUCCGGGAAAUGGGGCCAACCUCCAAGCUGGGCCGUGAGCCACACCUACCAUCCAUGUAUGGCAGCUCAGCGCUCCGGUGCCACCGCCAAAACAAGACGGGCCCUGAGCCCUUUGGCAGCUUCCUGGAUUUCCUGACCGAGGGCCAGGUGCUGGAAAGCCUGCAGACGGUGGUGGAGGAGGCGACGGAGCGCAUGACUGCUGUGAAGACAGAGGCCGGGGUGCCGCUGGUGGAGGUACAGGACCCAGUGGAGAUGCCAAGUGACAGGCGGCGGGUGCAUGCCCGGCCCAGCCUCAGAACUGUGCACCGGCACCGUGCUCGGCCCAGCCUGUGCACGGGACGCCCCAACAACUACCCAUCCUGCUCAAGUUCCACGUCCGACUCCCAUAGCAGCCUCAAAGCUGGCCAGCUGGGCUCCCACAGCUGGGACAGUGAUCUGAGAGCUCGCGGCUUAAGCUCACUGCCACCUGUGACAGAUGAGCUCCUGCUGGAGAAGAACCUCAAGCGGCUGCUGCGGCUGGAGAACAAAGGGAAAGGCCUGAGUCAGUCCUGCUCCCAGAAGGACUCCCUGCUGUGGGACUCGGUGGGCAGCCAGACUGGCAGCCAGCGGAGCCAGGAGCAGCCCCUGUCCUGGUUCUCAGGGCUGCUGGACUCAAGUUCAGGCACACCGGAAUCAUCAGAUCUGGGGCCUGGAGAGCGUGAGCUGAUGUUCCUCAAGCAGGAGUUCAACAAGGAGAUCAAGUCGCUACUGAACCAGCCGGCAUCCUCCGACCUGCCUGGCUACUAUUCACUCCGUGAGCCCCAUCGCACCCUGGACUUCCUGGCCGAGCACCACCUCUUCCCUGUCCUGCAGGGCGUGGUCAGCCAGGCUGUGGACAAGCUCAGUGGUGCCCGCCGCCGUGACGGCUGCCCUCUCUUCCCUGCCAACUUCGAGUCCACUUCGGGGCUGCCGGUUAACUUCGACCUGCUGUUGCCAGGCUCCAAGUUCACCACAUCCGACAGGGAGGAGCCCUGUGAUUCCCUCCCCACCACAGACUCCAGCUCCAGGAUGUUUUGCAGAAAAAUCAACAGCAGACAGGACUCCCCCUCCACGUCUAGUGCCCAGAUGGCCACCAAAUUCAGGCUCAAGAACCCUGGCAGCAAGUUCUCGAAGAAGCAGCCGCUGCCCCCCAUCUCGUCCAAGCCUAGCACGUCCCACUUUGGCAACCCCUGCUACGAGGAGCUCAACUUCUUGACCCAGCAGGCGGUCUCCCUGCUCAUCCGCAAGUACAAGUUUGAGAACAACCUCAAUAAGCAGCUGGGCUUCAUCUCCUUCCCCGUCACUGAGAUGCUCAUGGACCUUAACCUGGGCUUCAAGAAUGUGAAGGGCUCUCACAUCCACCUGUCCUCAAAUAUCAACCGGACCUGCCUGCGGCACAAGCUGGAGAAGGCUGAGAGAGCAUGGCACGCCUCCCAGCGCAGCCCCGAGUCCCCCUCCACGCUGCCCCCUCCACCCACCAACACCAACCAGGACCAGCUCCAGGCCACGGAGCCCUGCCACACACACUUCGCUGACUUGUCAGCCGGCCAGUUGCUCAGCUCUCAGAAGCCAGUGACAGCUGAGGACCAGACACUCAGGAGCCCAUUGGAGCCCAAGCUCUCAGUGUACUUUGGCACUGGUGUGGGCUCCAGUCCUCCCAAGUCCAAGGAAACACCGACUGGCAAAGACAGUGAGUACAGUGACAGGGUUGAGGUCGAUGAUGAGGCCUCAGCCUCCAAGGAUGACAGCGAGUCCCAGAGCCCCCCUCAGCCUGGUGUGGAGGCCUUGGUCAGCCACUCUGUGGACGUGGGCCACAGUGACCCCCCGUGA